CCUCGACCCCUUUUUCACCUUGAAUACUUCAUUUCAUCAAUUAUCCCACUUAGUAUAAAUCAUCCCCCGAAAACUUAAAACAUUUCAGGCGUAUGAAAGACUAGGAUGUAUUAGGGAUAGAUCUACUAAGAUCUGUUAUGAUAGCAGUAUCUAAGGAGCACGCGGCUGCCUCGAAGGUACUUCGAGAGGCAAGCGUCACCAUACUGCACACUUGCUACUUACUGCCUCUAUUAUUUACUUUAAUUAUGAUAGACAUCACGGAAUCUCUCUGACAAAAGUGUUCUUGGAUUUGAUACACGAACGACAACAAAAUGGAGUGUUUUGAAAUUUCCUUUGAAUCUAAAACGGUUCUUAUUAUAACCACAAGCGUUCUACUAUUCUUCGUUACCGCAUAUGUGAUCUACCAAAGAUUUUUCCAUCCACUGGCCAACUACCCUGGGCCGUUUCUCGCAUCUCUCACCAAUGGCUGGAAAGGCUAUUAUAUCUACAAGUUGAGCCUCCACGAACAACUUCUCAAAGCGCAUAUCGAAUACGGCCCUGUUGUGAGGGUCGGACCCAAAGACCUGCAUUUAUGGAACGCAGAUGCUAUAGCGCCAAUCUACAAGUCAGGUAGGAAAAUGGCCAAGACAGAGUUUUACGAUGGCUUCACGGCAUUUAGGCCAAAUUUGUUUGGUGGUAGGGAUGAAGAUAUCCACUCCCUACGCCGACGACAGCUAUCACAUGGGUUCUCACAAGCUUCUAUAUGGAAUAUGGAAUCAUUAAUUGACGACCAGAUGAAGAUACUCAUUGAUAAACUGAAAAGACUAGCCGAGAAGCAGGGGGUGUUUGAUCUCAAGCGCCUGAUAGCGUUUUAUGUGUUUGACAUUUUGGGCGAUGUUGCAUUUGGUCGUUCCUUCAACGCUCAAAUAAGUGAAGUGGCCCCUGAGAUUCCCGCCAUCAACGACCAUAUCCUUCUCUCGUGUCUCCUAGGCACAUUUCCGUUUCGUUCUUUUUUCAAGAGAAUUAUCCCCAUGCUACCUAUUCCAUGGCUUCGUCACUUAAUGGAGAGUAGAGGUAAACUCAAGGAGACGUGUGCCGACUGCGUGAGAAACAAGAGACAGCAGCCAUCUACCAGCCGCUCAUAUUUAAUGCAACAUCUAGUGGACGCUAAGGAUCCAGAAACAGACGCCAAGCUAACAGACGAGGAGGUCAAUUCGGAGGCAUGGGCAAUGCUGAUCGCCGGAUCGCAUUCGACCUCAGGAACCCUCAGCCUCCUAUUUUGGCACUUGAUUCAUAAUGAUCAAGCUCUGCAACGAGUUGAUAAAGAGAUUCAAGACAAUCUCGGCGACCUUCCGGGCGACAGCAUUUCGUACCCCAUCCAGGGGCUUGAGUCUUCGCUAAGCUACACUGCAGCUUGUAUCCAGGAGAGCUUUAGAAUAAGUCCUACAUUCACUAUGUGUUUAUGGCGACGCGUCCUCAAUCCCGGAGGUGUCGAUAUUGGUGGCUGUCAUAUCCCUCAAAACACGAAUUUAGCCAUUUCAAACUAUGCACUGCACCAUAAUCCCAAAAUCUGGGGUGCGGACACAAAAGAGUUCACUCCCGAAAGAUUCCUCGGAGCCGACGGAAAAGUGUUAGCGAAUAACCUCAUCCACUUCAGUGUCGGUCACCGUAUGUGCAUUGGGAGGCACUUAGCUAUGAUGAAUAUCUGGAAGACGUUGACUACACUAGUCAAUAAGUUUGAAUUUCACCUCGUGUCCGCAGAACGCCGCGUUCGCGUAGAAAGUUCGGGGAUUGGGGAAAUGGAAGGGCCAUUUCUUUGUACGGUGAAAUUGAAGGGUUCAGAUAUGUAGAGCAUGACACAUUUAACAGUGCUAAAGUGUAUUAAGAUCGUGUACGCGAUUAAAAGGCGUCGAGGGAGUUACACUUGAAAGACUUGGCGAAAUUUGGCUCCUGUAAGUAUUAGCAACGGGGUUUUCCCAGGCUGUUGUCUCUACAAUUUAGACUUUACAAGGUCAUGCAACUCGUUUAUGUAAGGUAGAAAUAUGGCAUUUUUAUUCUA